AAGCAUGAGGAGUUAUCUCCUAUUAUCACUAUUGGUGAUAGCAGUUUUUGCUCAGGAUGAGGAAAGUUCUUCAAAACCACCAUUUAUGGAAAGAAUUGUGCAGACUUUACCAAACAUUGGAAAUGUGAUUAAAGGACAGAUGGAAGGAAAUCCAGAUGAGCUAAAGAAGAUGUUGACAAACAUGCUAGGAGGUGGAAUGCUAAGUGAAUUGGUGGUUAACCCUUUUGGUGUUGCUAAAAAUAUUGGAGUGCCGCUAGAAGAUCUAGGCAUUAACAAGACUGAUUUUGGUACUCCUUUAGAUUUGCCAGGCAUGAAUGGAACAUCGAAAGCUGCGUUCAAGUUUUUAGAUGCAUUCACUUCACAACCUCCUACAACUAAAGCAAAGGAAAUGUAUGUCGAUGGAGUUAAAGUCAAGGAUUGGGACAGAUACGCAAGAAAGUUCCAGCUCGAGAGGCUUGGCUACACAACAAUUGCCCCACCAACUUCCACAGUUCCACUCAAUCCUGAAAACAUUGCAGAAGUUGUUUUUCAAAAACUGAAAGAGCGAGAGGGCACAGAGCCACCAAGACCUCACGCUGAUCUGUCAAAUUCUAUUGAUAUGAAUUUAGUCGAUCCCAGAAGAAUGGCCGAAGUGAACGCUUUGUUGAGACGAGCACCACAACGAUUCGAGAGCCCGCAGGCAUCACUGAACUCAAUGGGACCUAUGGAUAUUGGACCACCAGGAUACAUGCAACCACUGGAUCCAGCAAUUGACGAGGUUGUCACGAAUCUUCGCACAAAGGGAGCAUAUGGUCUUGGUGUUGAUGAUGUGAAACGCCUUCAAAACAUUCUCCAAACAUACGAACAAACUUUGCAAACUAAGGAACUUCUGACUAGACGUAAACAGUUAGAAGUCCUCCAGACUGAGCUCACCGAGCAACGCAUGAAAAUCGAGGUUCAGAAGAAAAUGGAAGAAGAGUUGAGGAAAAAGGAAAAACAAUUGGAGGAAGAAAAGCAACAAAUGGAGCAAAGACUGAAGGAGCAGCUCAGCAAUUGGCAUAGUUCGUUUGGGCCAAAUCAACCGAGACCACCAGCGCCAUUGCCAACAGACUUGCAAUUGGAAAACUUGGGUUAUCCACCAUCUCCACCAGCGCCACUAGCUCAGCCUACUCCAGCCCCAGCAGUGUCAGAAAACACAGAUGAACCACCAGCAUUUAUUGUUGCAUCUUCUCACGAGCGUAAGCUUACCGAAGAGCGCGAAAACCUCGUUGAGCAACAAAUGAUGCCAGUUCCACCGCCAGCAAAACUCAGCAGCGCUCUUCGCAAUCAUAUCCGGUAUUCUCCAACUCCGGUGGUUACUGAAGCUACUCCAGUCAUUCCACCGAGCACUUCAGUUGACAGAGAAGACGAUGAAUUUGUUUCCAAGUGUGACUGUGAGCAAAUUUCCCUUGAGAAAAUGAACGGGAAGUGGCUUAUGGCUUUGGCUUCUCCAAACGUGGUCCAAGCAAUCCAAGAAAAAGCAAACGUUCUUUUAGAGGGAACAGAGGCCCUUACAUGCUCAAGAUUCGACGUUUCCGCGGGAAAACAUUCGGUUGCCGCACAAGAUGCUCGAUUAAUCUGGCAAUUCAGAACUCACGGAGCUCCAAAGCUCUUUAGACUUCGUGGUAGUGCGCUGACAAUGGAUCAUGAAUCAGUUAGAGUUCAAAUGGCAGAUUUUAACGGAGAAAAUUUCAGCUUCCCAUUCUGUGUUCUCAAAUCCGGAGAAACUUCUUCCUCUUAUGAACAUCUUCUUGUGACCAACAGCCAAGGAAACUGCAAAGAUGUCGCUCUCCUUGUCAGAGACCCACAAGAAUUCUUCGAUCAUCCAAAUAAAAAUCUUCAAAAAUAUCUGAAAAACAAAAUUGCCAAGAAGGAAAUGAACUCCCUAAAUGUGGUCAACUUCGGAGACUGCUGAUCUCGUCAUGGGUUAUAAUAUUUCAAUUUCCCUAAUAAUUGUACAAAUUAAUAAGAAGAUGACAAGAUUUAUUGUUGUUUGAUAAUAAAUUAGUAUUGCUG